ACGGGCAUUGUAUUAUCCCUCGGUUCGCCGCGACCAACACCCGACCAACGGCUCGUCCAUCCCAUUUCCCUGCGAAACGAGCUGCGCGACAAUCAAUCCCCCUCCUAUUGUCGAAACCAUGCCGCGUCAAUCAUCAGAUUCUUUCCUCGCCUCCAUGAUCAACCGCCUGAAGUCGGCGCGCGCGGCCAAAAACGUCCUGCGGGAUUCGCUGAAUUCCGACCCCACAUCGCCCGAUGCUUCCGGCGUAGCCUUCCUUCUGCACACGAAUUCUGCCCAGCAAGACGAAUCCUCCGAGUGGCUUCUUGAAGACGAAGAGAAGGACGAUCGCGGGCGCGUCAAUUAUAUCCGCCCGCGCUGCGACUCCGGAGAGUCCAUCGCUACGAUCCGGGCAGACACUCUCACCGCUGGCAAGGAACACAAGUCGAGAUCCACCAAACAUCACACCGCUCCCGUUCCCGAGAAACGCAGGAGAACCUUGAAGAGGUGUCAUGCCAUGAGGGAUCUACGGUUCGAUGGGGACAAUCGUGACGGCCACGACGAUGGUCGUUGGGGAGAACUGGACGAGAAUGACGAGUUUGACGGUAGCAUCAUGUUCCCCACCACUACAAGGGACGGCCUCUUCGCAUGGAUGGCUCCUGGUAGCGAAGUCGCUGGGUUGCCAACUAGGGCUCGAGACACGGGCUUUAGCGAAAUAGUUGACCUUAUUUCGGAUGAAGACGAGGCCGCUAGAUCCCUGAACUCGUUCGCCCGCUCGGCACUUGGGUGCUUGCAGCUCCACGAACGAUUCGAGGUAUCGAUCAAGUUGGAGACCAAACAUAUCGUGAUGUGGGAUGUGGACAUAAACCACACGUACGCUUUGGAAGGGGUACUCUACGUCAAGGACGCGAAAGCUCAAACUGCCGACCUUCCUCUGUUGCCUGUCGAGUCCCUAUCCAUUGACUGGCACACCGUCGAUUCCUGCCGACGCAUCCCCAACAUGACGGAUGACGUUAUAUACGCGACGUCCUUCCUUGGGGGCCUGCUGGUGCGCCAUGAAGUCAUCCGACGCAUGAACCCCGUGAAUGGCAUCUACACGGCCGUCUCGUGGGAGUGGAUUCCGCCGGGUAUCCCAGGCACUUGUGUCGGUGGCGGCUGGGCGUUGCGAUUCUGGGUGCCGAUCCCUAUGUGGAUCUUCAAGGGGCGAGACGUAGCGAGCUCACUUGUCAGUGCAAGCGUCGUCUUCCGCGAUGGAGACAGUGAUUACACAUUCACGGCCGAGGCAGGCACUAUGAAUGUGACGAUCGAGCAUCUCAUGCGCGGGCGCGAUAUGAAGGUUUCUGGGAGAUCAUGACACUCACGCGACGGCCGGAAGUCAAAGCAGUGUGGUCUUGGGUGUCGCGGUGUUGCCUUAGCAUUCCAUCAUCUCUGUUGUCUUGUCCACUUUCUUCUAAAGGUAUCCUUUGCAUUGCUGUGUGUAUCGCUCCAUCAUCGCUCUCAUCUCGUAUCUGCUCUAUGUACUAAGUCUAAUCAACACCC